UUUGUUUUUACCGGUCUCUCACAGGUGGGCGUUCUAGAGGUCGCUGUAUGCACCGCCACCCACAAUCCCUGUUGAAAGAGCCACGAGAGUGAAGCGAUGCCAGAACAAGCAUCGAUAACUGACUGAGAAAGUUCCGAACAAUUCGCAACAUUUCGCGCCACGCGGUGUGCUGCCAGAUUCAUUGCCGCUAACAUGCAGUUGAAAAGAUGGGUGAUCGUUUGCAGUUUUGCGUGACUUAAGUUCAUGUUCGGAAGAAUUUAUGAAUUAGAAUAUUUUUACCAACACGUUUUUGCAGUAAAGAAAAAUGGAUGCGAAAGUCGACGGUUCUGAUGUCAAAUAUCCCCGCCACAAUGGUAAUUCAGUUUUCAAUCAUUCAUUACCCUUGGAAAUUCUGGAUUUAACUUACGACUCAUCAAGUGAGCCGAACCAGUCGUCUAUGGAAAAUGGAACUCCUGUCUGUACCAAUGAGUACUGUGUAUCUGACGAGGAUUACUUGGCUAUGAUUCAAGAUUACAUCUAUCCCACGCCACUGGAAUGGAUCCUCAUUACCUUGCACAUAGUAGUCUUCGUAGUAGGACUUGUGGGAAACGCCCUGGUAUGUGUCUCUGUGUACCGGAACCAUACCAUGCGGACUGUUACCAAUUACUUCAUCGUCAAUCUAGCUCUGGCAGAUUUCUUGGUGAUCUUGUUUUGUCUGCCACCUACAGUUCUCUGGGAUGUCACAGAAACUUGGUUCUUUGGAAGUGUGACGUGCAAAUUGGUGCUCUAUCUACAGAGUAUAUCUGUCAGUGUGUCUGUUCUCACUCUGACCUUCAUCUCCAUUGACCGCUGGUAUGCUAUAUGUCAUCCACUAAGCUUCAAGAGCACAGCAGCUCGUGCCAAAACGAACAUCCUUCUCAUCUGGUUGGUGUCCAUUCUAGUGGUCCUCCCUGAAGCUAUAGUUUUGGACACCAGAAAGCACCCCAUUCCGCUGGAUACCAUCUACCUCACAGAUUGCACUUACACAUGGAGUGAAAGCAGCACCAGGAUCUAUCAGUUGUUCCUGCUAUUCUUCUUGUAUGUCGUCCCGUUUUUGUUGAUGGCCGUAGCUUAUUAUCAGAUUGCUAGAGUACUGUGGAACAAAAACAUACCAGGAUCAUCGGAAACCAAUCAUCAUCCAAGUCGUACCACUGUUUCAAAGCCAAACGGUAAAAAUGGAGCCACAGUUCGACUUAUUCAGGCCAAUCCGAGCUGUGAAGGUCAAAUCCAAUCCAGGCGAAAGGCCGCCAAAAUGCUCAUCGCUGUCGUGGUCAUUUUUGGGCUCUGUUAUUUGCCGGUACAUCUCAUCAAUGCUCUGAGAUACACGAUUGGUCUUCCCCAGAAUUCAGCUACGACUGUCGUUUCCCUCAUCUCCCACUGGCUCUGCUAUGCCAAUAGCUCCAUCAAUCCCAUCAUCUACAAUUUCAUGAACGGAAAAUUUCGCAAAGAGUUCAGAAACUUCUUAUGUUGCGAGUGCUGCAGAAAAUCGUACAGUAGCCGCCGUGGCGAAAAUAUGACUGGCACCAGAUACAGAUUCACCACCUCCGUCACCCAAAUGGAGAACAUCAAUCUGACCACAAUUGAAAGAACUUAAAUUAUGUUCUAAGACCAGAAGAUUAUGAUAAAUCUUAAUAGCUUCUGGUCAUUUUGAUUAAUAGGAAGAUC